AAAAUUCCAAAUGUGACAUUUCUCAAGAAAUUUGAUUAGCGUAAUGCUGAUAAAAGUUAUCAUGUGAUCAUUAAAACGUGCAAAUAAAUAAAUAAACAAUUAAUAAUCAGUUCAUUAGUACAAAAAUAAUUUCAGAUGUCUAACAAAGUACGUUUAACUUUUAAUUUCAUUUCAAACUAUGGAUAACCACAGCAUUCGAUGGAUUAUACUGAUUUGUUUUUUAUUUUUAACAAGUUUUGGAGUAUUAUGGUGCUUUACUGUACUUACGAGCGUAAUUGCAUUUUGUGUUGGGUUAAUCUCUUUGCUGUAUGUGCAACACGGAGACGACGAAGAUUUUUAUAAGAAGUGCGCAGGAAAUCCUCUGUCUGUUGAGGAUGUUUCGUACGGAGGAUUGGAACAGAUUAUCGAUGCGCUACAAAGCCAACAUCAGUUGUUGAAAACGGAUCGAAGAGUUACUGGAAGUGAACUUAUCGAUAAUUCGUUGCAAGAAAUAUUGGGAUACAUUAUUCGCGAUUACAUUACUCCGUGGUAUAAUUUAAUCUCCUUAAAUAGCGAAUUUCCCGAGCUCACGAUACGAAAAACCUCCCAAAGUUUGGCAAUAAACAUUAGUAACCGAGUGAAAGAAGUGGAUUGGAUUUCAUAUUUGACAACCAAAUUAGUAGACGACGCUGCUUCCCAUCUGAGACUAUUUAAGCAAGCGCGCUUGAAACUGGAGAACAGCAAUAAGUUAAAAAUGCAGCAGCGCUCGCCGGGAAAAGAACAAAAGAGGAAAUCUGUUCACAAGCGAAAUAAAAGCGAAGCUGAUGUGACGAAGUACACCGGAAGUAAAGAGAAUGAAAAAUAUGGUGUGGGUAGUUCAAAAUUUUAUGUACCUGAUCAAAUGAAAACUUUGGAAGAUUAUUUCUUCGAAUUAGAGUGCCAAAUGGAAGAGAACAAGGUCUGUAGAGAUUUGGUUUGUAUGGACAGUAAUCGGGAGAAAGAAUUUUUUUCAGAGUUGAUCGAGCUGUUGCUAUAUAUUUUAUUGCCAGAUGAAGAUUUUCAGUGCAAAUCGCUUCGUGCUGUUUUAAGGGAGAUAUUUUCUAAUUAUGUUAUUUUGCCAUUUAUCGGUGUAAUAUCAAAUCCAGAUUUUAUAAACCAAAGUAUUAUUUGGCUGUGUGCCCGCGAUAAUUUUUUGCCAAGCGAAAUAUUUUUAUCCACCUUACGAUUAACUGAUAACUGUGAUGAAUUAAAAUAUACUCGAGAAAUGGUUGCUAAGGAAAUUCAGGUGUUGCGUUCUCGAGAUUCAGGAGGAGAAUGUGAUAUUUCGAUAAAGCAGCAAUUAAGUAGCUUAUUUUACGUUACCAAAUUAAUAGACAAUCGUCUAUCGAAAUUGCAAACAUCCGAAGGAUCAGAAUCUAAUCACACUUUGGAAGAUGCAACGUUGGAAUCUAUAAAAAAAAUUAAGUUACCGUUAGAGAUUAUACUAAAAAAUAAUGUAGCUUUAUCAUAUUUUAUCGAUUUUGUUAUUUUAAUGGGUAGGCAAUCGUAUUUAUUUUUUUAUUUAAACAUUGAGGGGUGGAAAAUAUCCGUGGAACAACAGCUAUCCGAAUUUCACAUUAAUAAAAUAAAAUGUGAAGCUGAGAACGAAUCUAUUGUUUAUGAAAAUAUUAGGACUACUGCUUUACAUAUCUAUGAUCAAUAUUUAGCGGACAAAGCACAGCAUAAAAUUCAAAUUAAGCCAUUUCUGGUACAAACUUUGUACUUUAGAAUUAAAAAUUUGACCGAGCCACCUUCAGAAUUAUGGUUUGACGAAAUUCAAGCUGUGAUGUAUGAUAUUUUGCAGGAGCAAGAUGAAUUUCUGCCAGCCUUCCAUAACAGCGACUCUUAUCUUAAAUUAUUAGAGGAAUUAGAUUUGAUCCAGCAAAACGUUAUCGAAGAUGACGCGAUUAGUAUUAGCAGUCUGGAAAACGCUGAACUGAACAACAUCGAAAAGCGAUCCAUACCUCAUAACAACUCGAAUUCUAGUCUCCCUUGCUUAAGCCUCAAAAAUGUACAAGAAUCCGCCAAUGAGAGCGGCGGCAAAUUGACGAACAGCGACGCUUUUCUAACUGUCGAAAUUCAACAGAAGAUAGGAAAGCACGUACGCUCGUUUAGUGAUAUUACGGAUUUUGGUAGCGAUAAGAAUUCCGGUAUAAACGGUAUUAGUCAAAUGGACAAUUGUCUGACCGAUUCGAAGAAAUGCGAUGACGAAAAUAAAACUGAAAAUCUCAGAUCUGCAGAGUUUAAAUUAUCUGUGGAUAUUAUCGAAACAGGUAUUGUUUGUGAGAAGGGAAAGACAUUCGGAGUAUACGCUUUGCAUAUCAGUCGACAGUACGAUAGUGGAUUUUCAGAAGAAUGGCACAUCUACAGAAGAUACAGCGAUUUCUACGAUUUACACACGAAAAUAAAAGAAAAAUAUCCAGAUUUAUCAAAGAUUCCUUUCCCAGGUAAAAAAACAUUCCAUAAUAUGGAGCGGUCAGUAUUAGAAAGGAGAAUGCGAAUGUUGGGCUUUUAUUUGCAACAAUUGUGCCAAACGCACGUCUUAUCUUCGCAUCACGGUUUGAGAAACUUACUGAUGGCUUUUUCUGAACAAGGAGAGUAUGAUAGAGCCACAUCGGGAGGACCAAUUUCGCAUACUAUUGAUACAAUCGUAAAUCCACUAAAAUCGGGAAUGAAAACCAUUAAAAAUAUGCCAGAGCAAUUAUUUAAUACGGUCGAUGAGGUGGUUGAGGGAUUGACCAAAGUGUUUCAUAGUAAAAAUACUCGAAUGCCCGAAGCGAGUAAGGUGGGUGCUUCCCUCGACGUGGAGAGUGACGAUAACAUCCCCUUGAGAAUAAUGUUGCUUUUGAUGGAUGAGGUCUUUGACUUGAAGUCUCGAAAUCAGUGGUUACGCAGGCGAAUUGUUACACUACUUAGGCAAAUUGUUAGAACAAUGUUUGGGGAUAUUGUCAAUAGGCGGAUAUUGGAUUACGUUUCAUACAUAACUAGUCCCAAAAAUGUUGCACAAUAUUUGCAUACAUUUAAGCAUUCCUUUUGGCCCCAUGGAAUUAAAGCAGAAAAACCCUCGGAAAGAGAUGAGGCGACGCUUUUUAGAACAAGGAUUGCGGCAAAAGCCGCCCUGUUAUCGUGGCUUUCGGAUGAACUAAAACAUAUUAUAGGAUCCGAGACUACUCGAAGAGGACUUCUAACUGUGUUUGAACUUUUUCAGCGACCAGUCUUAAAUCGUAGAUUACUUUGUGUACUCCUGGAAGGUAUUCUUAUGACGUUGUUUCCUGAAAAAAGUAUGUCAAGUAUAUUUCAAAAACUUUAUGGGAAAUACAGAUCUGCAGAAACAAAAGAAAAGAAAAGUAGAUGAUACUAAUAAUCAGUGAAAAUAGAGAAUUUUACACCAGAUGAUUAUUGGACCAUUAAAAGUAGCCUUCGCGUCGUGAGUAUUUUGCGAAUUACUUCUAGAUGUUGCACAGGUAGUUCUUUGCUAAUGGAUGUAUGUUUACAAUUUUGUAUUAAAAGGAGUUUAUCUGGAUUCGUUCUGAACAAUUUUACACGGCAGCUAAAUAUGUACCUACCUACCUUACUUGUUACAUUGCACAAUUUUUAAUAAAGCAGUUUAAAUAAAA